GAGAGAGAGAGAGAAUGUAAUUUAAAACUAUAUUUACAGAGACGUGACUUGGUAUUUUAAGAGAGAUGCUUUUGUGUGUGCGGAUAUUUCGAACCGACGUUAGAAUGUACUCACAUCACACAUGAAAGGAGACCAACAAGGAUAAAGGCGUUGUACCACGGGGUCUGAAGUCGCGAGUAGCGUGGCCACCGUUCAAUGGCAGUCACAUCAGCCAUAGGCUUUUGUGAGUAAACGGGUGGGAGUGAAAGAGAGAGGGAGAGAAAGAGGGGAGAGAGUGAGGCGUAGAGGGUAGAACGAGGUAUGAUAAGGUGGGUCACUCUGCGAGGGUGGCUGUGAGAGAUGUGGGCGGUGCCCUCUAUACAUUGUUAGGUCUCUUACAGGCAGGGACACUUGUUUAGACUUCAAUUAUUGAUAGCAUUCUGAAAGUUUGCCUGUCAUCUGCUGGCAGUCAAUGUUGACAAUACAAAGUGAUUUAGAAAUAUUGACCAGCCAACGUUAACGCGCUCAACAAGUCAAACGUGGAGCUAAUAAGCUGGAUAGUCCGUCGAGUUCUUCACACCGAGAGAACAAAAGUAAGCCUUAUACAAUACAAGAAGAGAUGUGUUACUUAGAGAAACAAUUUAGCUAGUGUCACGUGACUGUGUGGUGGAUAUUUCAAGGACAUUUAAAAAGUUCAACUAUUAGGUGCUAUAGGGUUCAGUCAAUAGAAAUGAACAAGCACAAAUUAUAAUAAAGCAGUAAUGAACAUCAUUGAAGACAACAAAAGUAAAAGUUAUUGCAAAUAAGUUCUUUGCAUUAGAUUAGGUCGUCCUAGAUUAGGCUGUUAUUUAUAAGAUCAAAUAAUAUAGACUGAGCACAGAAAACCUUUAAUUCUACCGCUGAUUAUAUUUAAAGUGGGACUAAAUGACGUCAUAUUCCAAACAGGACUAAAACAUUCAGUACAUCACUAGACUCAAGAGAACUAGGCAAGACAUCACUAGACUCAAAGAGAACUAGGCAAGACAUCACUAGACUCAAGAGAACUAAGCAAGACAUCAUUAGACUCAAGAGAACUAGGCAAGACAUCACUAGACUCAAGAGAACUAGGCAAGACAUCACUAGACUCAAGAGAACUAGGCAAGACAUCACUAGACUCAUUAUUACGAGAACUUCACAGAAUCAUUGAGUUGACGAAUUAGUUUCAUUGGCAGAGUUUUCAAUGGCUGCUGCAUAGCUGAAAGUGUUUUUUCUCCAUCCAGGCGUCAAACCAGCGCAAAGAAAAUGGGAGCUAACUUUUCUCCUUGCCUUACAUUGCUGACCGCCCUUGUGUCUAUUACUUCGGCUCUAGGGAUGUUUAACAAUCCAAGAGAGACAGAUAAAUAUCAACAUGACCUUCUGGAUACCUUAGUCCAGGUGAUGGCUAAAGGUCAGGGUCGAUCCCUUGAAGAUGUCUUGAGAGACGCUUUCUUCGUCCGUCCUGACCAGUUGAAAGGCUACGAGGAGUAUACACUUGAACUGGACAACAAGGUCAAGAAUGACAUGGAAGAUCAUUACAACAAAUUGAUUCAACUGCUCACCAUUGACGACUUAUAUCAGGACUAUGACGAUGUCGAUUAUACAGAUAACCAUGUCAUCAAUGCAAAGAGAAAUUUAGGUCCCAAGAAAAUGAAACAACUCUAUCAACAAUCAGAAGUACAAGGUGGAAAAAUACAAAAACAAAACUCACUUCCAAGUAGCCAAAAACUUCCUUCUAAAUCCAAACAAAAGUUUACUUGCCCAACUGGUCAAGAUGGAGUUAAACUAAUGACCUGUCCUACAAACCCUUCCAAAUGUCUGACGGAUUCUAUGAUUUGUGAUGGUAAAAAUGACUGUCCAAAGAAUGAAGACGAAGAAUUCACAUUAUGUGUUGUCAGAAGAUGGUUUAAAGCUUUGGAAAAAAAACUGACUUUCUCUGCUCAAGUUCCAAGUGUUUAGACUUGUUGCUUUAGUAACCAUGACGACCGACAGAGUUACAUUAUCUUGGCCCCUGGUGACUCUUUAGCGCCAUUUCAAAAAGAAAUUUGGAAAACUGGAUGAUUGUGAACUCUUCUUUGAUGUCUAACAGAAUGUAUAUCAGAUUGCUUGAUUGCUUGAUAGAAUGUCACGUCAAGAAAAGGUGUGAGUUACUUUGAGAGAAUGUCUUGUCAUGAAUGAUUCAAUGACAUAAGUAAGUCUUUAGUUUAGAUGUUUUUUAUCUAUUUGUUAAAAUUUUAAUGAUUAAAUCCUAUUUUGUCCAAAUCAAAAUAUGAGCAUUUCAAAUAAUCUUUAGAACUUUAAUUGUAAACAUGUCAAUAUUCAAAUAAAAAGUCGUUUUUUUUCAUGGGAAGAUUUUAGUUUUAAAAUGUUGAUUUCAACUUCUUAACCGAAAUGUUCUAUUCUAGAAUGUACUAUUCCGAAAUAUUCUAUUGGUUUUUGUGUUUCAUUUGUUUGAUCAUGUUGAAAUCAUUAAACAAUUUUGUUUUGUCCUCUUUGCACUAUUGUAUUGUUGCUGAUAGCCAAGUCAUUUAUUGUCAGAUAUGGAAGUGUUGGGCUGAGGCCGAAUUAAAUCCAUUCAUUUAUUUGUAUAUUCAACAAUUUGUCUUGGACUCUAUUUAUUUCAUGCACAAUGGAGUUCAGUUUUUUUCUUCUUU